AGCUACGUGUAACAUUAAACAUGGCUGAAAGGAAAACAAACGUUCCCAGCUCCAGCGCCAAUUUACUGUUUUCCACAGCCCCCGAAUUUAAUUUCAACUUACCGUUUAUUCCUGUCAGCCAGGCCACCGAUCCAGCAGUUUUAUCUGGAGAUGAUGCGAGUGAAGUUGGUGAAGAAGACAGUUUCCUCGGUCAGACCACAUCGACGGCUCCUCAGCCGCAACCUGUCAGCUAUUUCUCCAGCUCUGCUACCAAUACAGACCCAUUUGCUUCAAUAGGGCAGCAGCCUUACCCGCCUGCAGCACCCACUGUAAUCCCAUCAACUGGACCCUCACCAGUAUUUAAUGCUGGAAACCUACCCCCAGCCUCAUCAAUUUCCCAUGUAAACUCUGUGCAACAGUAUGGCAGUGCAGUUCAUCAGAGCCGCAUGCGCACACACACUCCUCCACCUAACCCUAAUGUGGCAGGGCCUUUACCCCCACAGGCCACCCAGCAGUCCUAUAAUCCAUAUAGACACACAGCCUCAAGUAGCAAAGCAAGCCCAUAUUUUAUGGCUCCAGAGUUACAACUGCAUGCCACUCAUCAGGCACCUCAGCACUUUAAUCCAUACUCUCAGCCUCCACCACCUUCCACAUUCCAAACUGCACCUUCAACAUUCACCAAGCCUCCCCCUACACAUACUCCUCCACCCCCACCCGGACCCAGCAUGGCAGGACCUGUGGUUCCAGCCAACCCCAUGAUGCAACACUCGUAUAAUGUCUAUGAGCCAGUCCAGCCUCACUGGUUCUAUUGCAAGCAGGUUGAGUCGAAGAGUGUUUGGCUUCCUUUUAGUGUUCUGGAUUCUAUUCAUCUGGAGGAGACUUUUAAUUCAGUCCAGCCAGACCCAGAGAGCGUGGUAGUAAGUACAGAAGGUGGGCGCUAUGAUGUGCAGCUGUAUGACCGCAUUCGCACUGCCGUGUACUGGGAUGAGGAGCAAACCGAAGUGCGCCGCUGUACCUGGUUCUACAAAGGAGACACAGACAGCCGCUUUAUACCCUAUUCAGAGGAGUUCAGUGAAAAAUUGGAGGCAGAAUAUAAGAAAGCUGUUUGUACCAAUCAGUGGCACCGUAGACUGGAAUUUCCUUCAGGGGAAACAAUCGUUAUGCACAACCCAAAGGUAAUAGUGCAGUUUCAGGCUUCAGCCAUGCCUGAUGAAUGGGGCACCACACAGGACGGUCAGACCCGGCCCAGAGUGGUUAAGAGAGGAGUGGAUGAUGACCACGAUGAAGUUCCUGAUGGUGAGAUGCUGCAAGUAGACCACCUGGUGUUCAUGGUGCACGGCAUUGGCCCAGUCUGUGAUCUGCGAUUUAGAAGCAUGGUGGAGUGUGUGGAUGAUUUCCGCAGCGUUUCACUAAAACUGCUGCAAAGUCAUUUUAAGAAGGCUCAAGAUGACCGUGUAAUCAGUCGAGUGGAGUUUCUGCCCGUGCACUGGCACACAGCCCUGCAUGGAGACGCAACAGGAGUGGAUCGGCGGAUUAAAAAAAUCACCCUACCCAGCACUGGCCGACUUCGACACUUUACUAACGAAACGCUCUUAGAUGUUCUGUUCUACAACAGCCCAACCUACUGUCAGACCAUCAUGGACACUGUGGCUUUUGAGAUUAACAGACUCCAUGCACUGUUCAUGCAGAGAAACCCACAUUUUAAAGGGGGCGUGUCUGUGUCUGGACACAGCUUAGGCUCUUUGAUACUUUUUGACCUGCUGUCUAAUCAGAAGAGCUCAUCUACUGCCCCAACUCCUAAUGGAAAUCCUCAAGCUGAACUGAAGCAGAUGAUUCCUCCUGUCUCACAGGCUACUGAGACUGUAGCCCUGGCUGCACCAGAGGAGGUAAAGGAGAAAGAGGAGGAGGUCGUUAAUCUUACAUCUGUUCUGGAGCAACUGGGCUUGUCUGAGUACCUCAGUACCUUUGAACAGGAGAAGAUUGAUGUCGAGUCUUUGCUGAUGUGCACAGUGAGUGAUCUGAAGGAAAUGGGCAUUCCCUUGGGGCCACGCAAGAAGCUUGCCAAGUUUGUAGAGGAAAGGGCAGCCAAGCAGGCUGCGCAACAGGCUGUAAGCAAGGAAGCUGCAGCUAAGCAGGAAGAUAAAGACGUCUCGGCCCCUCAGAACCCCGGAUCAGUCACGAACGCUGCGUACUUCAAAGCUCCGGUCGGCAGGCCGAUGUCUUCCAUACACGUGGAUUACAACUGCUUUGAAAUUGGCACUGGGCAGGUGUCUGUGGCGUAUCAUGCUCUAGACUUCGAGCCGGUCAGUUUCUUUGCUCUUGGCUCUCCAAUUGGCAUGUUCCUGACCGUGAGAGGAGUUGAGAAACUUGAGGAGACCUACCAGUUCCCAACCUGCAAGGGAUUCUUUAACAUUUAUCAUCCACUGGAUCCAGUGGCAUACAGGAUAGAGCCCAUGAUUCUACCAGAAAUAGAACUGGAGCCUGUUCUGAUUCCUCAUCACAAAGGAAGGAAGAGGCUUCAUCUAGAGUUGAAGGAGAGCCUCACCAGGAUGGGUUCAGACCUGAAGCAGGGUUUCAUGAGCUCUAUAAGAUCUGCUUGGCAGACUCUGAAUGACUUUGCUCGUGCCCACACCUCCUCCAUUAAGCUGCACGAACAGCUGGCUAUAGUGGCCAGUCAAAUAAAAGAGGAAGAAGAAAAGCAAAAAAAUGAAGUGAGUAACCUUGAUAUGGAGACUCUUGAGCCUCUGAAGGAGGAAGCAACUCAGAUAAAGGUGGGAAUGCUGAAUGGAGGCAAUCGCAUAGACUACGUCCUGCAGGAGAAGCCCAUUGAGAGCUUUAAUGAAUACCUCUUUGCUCUCCAGAGUCACCUGUGUUACUGGGAAUCUGAGGACACAGCUCUGUUCAUCCUAAAGGAAAUUUAUAUGUCCAUGGACAUAUACCCGGAGCAGACAGCACAUUAAUGAAACGUAUCUGUGAAAAUCAAAGCACACACACACACACACACACACACACACACAGUCAUUUUAAACAGUUUCCAGCUUUCCAUGAUGGUGAAAAUUCUACUUUUUUUUCUUUAACUUUCUGAUAUUCCAGUGUAUUGUAUAAAUGAGUGAUUUCACCCCCAUAUAUAUGAAAUUAAGAAAUUAAAAAUUAAACAGUGGAUUUAAGCACCACCUUACAUCAACAUUUAACAUGAACCAUGUUAUUAACCCAAACUUCACUACAGUAGGUGCAAGGACUAGUUUGUCCACAGUAACCAAGACCAAUAAGAUACAUAAUAAACUGAUUUUGUCUAACGGAA